AUGACUGGAAAGCAGGUGGAUAGCAAAGAGGUGGGAGUCGAGGAGUCGGCUCCAAUUGUCGUGGGAGAGAGCCUCGAUGCCUAUGACGAGAAAUACGGACAUACAAAGCGAGGACUGACAUCUCGCCAUGUCCAGCUGAUGGCCAUCGGUGGCAGCAUUGGCACUGGCUUGUUUGUCGGUAUCGGCGGCGCCCUAUCUAAAGGAGGUCCCCUCUCCAUCUUUCUAGCCUUCCUCAUCUAUCCCAGUCUAUUCGUGUUCCCGACAAAUAUGUGUGUUGCUGAAAUCACGACCUUCCUCCCAAUUCGGCACGGGCUCUUCAAAGUCGCGAACCGCGUCCUCGAUCCUGCCUUAGGGUUCGCCUUUGGAUGGGCCUACUUUUAUGCUGCUGCCGUCCUGGUUUGCACCGAAGUCUCUUCGGUGGCAACUGUAAUGGGAUAUUGGGAAAUUGACGUCAACGCUGCAGUAUGGGUUCUGAUGGCCCUGGUUGUCAUUGUUAUCAUCAACGUGUUCGCUGUCAAAUAUUACGGAGAAUCCGAAUUCCUCUUCUCCAUCCUCAAGGUUUUACUACUGUUCGGACUAGUGAUGUUGACUUUUAUUACAAUGUGCGGUGGAAACCCGAAACAUGACGCGUACGGCUUUCGAAACUGGAAACAUGGAGACGCAAUGCACGAGUACUACACAACAGGAACCACUGGCCGGUUUUUGGGAUUCUUCAUCGCUAUCCGAUAUGCAGCUUUCUCCAUUGGAGGACCCGACAUUAUUGCGCUCUCGGCAGGAGAAAUUAUAAAUCCUCGAAGGACAAUUCCUCGAAUGGCCAGGAUGAUCUGGGUCCGAGUCGUCGGUUUCUACGUCCUCGGCGUAUUGGCAGUGGGCAUUAUCUGCAAUAGCAGAGAUCCACAGCUUCUGGGUGCGCUUGAGGAAGGUGCCAAAGGCUCUGCCGCGUCUCCUUUCGUUAUCGGAAUCAAAAACCUGGGCAUCAGAGGCUUGGACAGUCUAGUGAACGUCUUAAUUCUCUCAUCAGGAUGGAGUUGUGGCAAUGCAUACAUGUACACUGCAACCAGGACACUAUAUCAGUUGGCGACUGAAGAUCAAGCUCCCCGGAUUUUCCGCCGAUGCACCAAAAAAGGUGUUCCCAUCUACGCGGUGGUUGCAGUGUCCUUGAUCGGAUGCUUGACAUUUAUGGUUGCGAGCAAUGAUUCAGCCACCGUUUUCAACUGGUUUGUCGGUCUCUCAACAUGCGCAACCUUAAUUGUCUACACCACCAUGAUGGUAAUCUGGGUCGGCUUCUACAAAUCUCUGGAAGCUCAAGGGGCUGGCCGGGACAGUUUGCCGUGGAAAGCACCCUUCAUGCCAUAUCACGCUUACAUCGGUAUUGGAACAGGCCUGGUCCUGAUCUUCUUCCUGGGAUUUGAUGUAUUUGUGCCUUGGGAUACUCAAGGCUUCGUCACUACAUAUUUUGGUGUCCCUUAUGCUAUAUUGCUAUACGUCUUCUGGAAAAUUUUUAAGAAGACACGGCACACGAAAUUCUCCGAGGUGGAUUUGUUCUCAGACAAAGCUCAAGUUGACAAAGAGUGCGAAGAGUGGGAGAAUGCUCAACCAGGAACUAGCAAAGGAAGUAUCUUGAAACGCGCAUGGGAGAGGAUGUGGUAG